AUGGCGAUCGAUAUCUCAGAUGGAAUUGCCAUCGGUGAUAGUACCGAACCCGAGGCCAAGGAUAUCCAGUAUGAGCCUUUAGGCACCCUCUGUGAUUUCCACGCCCUCUACCAGACAGAUCCCGAUGCAUAUGGCAAAAAGUCAUGGAGCAAAAAUGUACCCAUCGAUUUGCCUGAUGCCGUCGAGGAUGCCGAGUCAGCACAAUACGCACUUCUCGUGAGAAAAAAGAAGUGCUAUGAUGGACGGAGGAGCUUGUCUAUUCACUCCAUCAUAGUGCAAAGCGAACGUCUCAAGGAGUUCUUGAAAAGGGCACUGGAUAACUAUCCUGGAGUCACGACGACCUUGCAGCGCCUCGAGAUCACAUCGCCUUUCCGCCCAUUUGUUCAUCGAUGGGAAGAAAUUACCAAAUUGCGAGAUGAAGAGCAGGAUCCAACAACUAAAGCCCAUGUCGACAUGUUCUACCGCAUCAUGGACGAGGAGCUCAGGGAUGUGGUUGACCGCAAGAACGACCUGGUUGCCAAAGGGGUCAUCACUCACGACUUGGUUUGGACGAUCCUGGAACCUCAAGAUGUGGUUCUUUCUUCAAUUGAUGGAACUCUACAUGCGUAUUUGCUCACAAAAGCAUCAUCGGAUGAUGAAACAUCGAGAAAUGAUUAUCUCGAGAUGGAAUACGUUGGAUUUAACGGAAGCAAUUUCGGAUACAGAUAUACACGUUUCAUGAUACCAAGCUUUGUGGGCACGGUGCCAAUUACCUCAUUGCCAUACUUUCCACUCAGAUACCACCCAGAAAAGGAUACUAUCCAAGAGUUGUUGAUUGCACGGGGCAAGAAGUGGGAAGCAUACAAGGGGUACCAUUUCAAAGCCUACGAAGAGGAUUCGACCAGCACGAACUCCAAAGGUCGGGAUAACAAUUUGAGGGACAUCAAAUAUCAUGCCAAGAGUCGCGUCAUCAUCGACAUCGAGGCAUACAACCUUUGUGGGCAUACAGCCUUAGUCACCGUUGACAGGAAAAUUGAUGGAGAACUAAAUGAUUCGCAGCGCCUCAUUGCAACCCCAACGCUCUAUGGAUAUUCCCUGAAUGACAAAGAAUGGAGUACGUUCUGCGUGGAUCAUGUGAAAGACAUUGAGUGGGAUGAGAAGGCCUUUGAGUCGCUGGUCUUACCGCGGGAGAAGCAGGGGAUCAAGGAAGUUGUCUUGGCUGUUGCAAGAGCUCAAUCCAAGAACGUCGAUGGAUUUGACGAUGUCGUUCGGGGAAAAGGCCAAGGGUUCAUUAUGCAGCUUAGCGGUCCACCGGGGGUCGGAAAGACCCUCACUGCGGAAAGCGUUGCUGAGGUCAUGAGGGUUCCUCUUUAUGUCAUGAGUGCGGGUGACCUUGGAAUUAGCGCUAGAGGCUUCGAAACAAAAUUGAAAGACAUCCUGGAGCUGAUUCCCAAGUGGGGUGCUGUUUUGUUGCUUGAUGAGGCUGAUGUCUUCAUGGAAGCCCGUGAUUCAACCAAUCUCGAUCGCAAUGAACUUGUCUCAAUCUUCUUGAGAAUGCUUGAAUACUACGAGGGUAUUCUCUUCUUGACCACCAACCGUACACAGAAUAUCGAUCCUGCCUUUGAGUCUCGGAUCCACCUUUCCCUCGCCUACAAGGAGCUCGAUGCGGAAUCCAGGCUUCAGGUUUGGACACAGUUCCUAAGCCGCUCAUCGAACAUUGAGGCCUUCACGGACGAGCAACUUGACCAGGUGGCCGAGUGCCAAUUGAACGGUCGCCAGAUCAAGAAUGUGGUCAAGACGGCCGGUCUCCUGGCUUGGUCCAAGGGGCGUGAGCUUCGAUACGAAGAUCUGAAGGUGGUGCUUGCUCUGAGAGAUUUGCAAAAGUGA